AUUGAUGUGUUUUGUUCAAUCAUUUGUCAUCCGUCAAUCGUCUUUGUUUUUUAAUCAUACACUCCCCGCCGUUUACCGCCUCCCACAAUAUGACAAAAAGAAAGCAAAUCAACGAAGAAACUAAUCAUUAAUGUUAAUAUAAUUAUGGCAUAUAAAGCGAGGUUAAAAGAAUUUGACGAAAUUUUACUACAAGAUAUUAUAGACGUAGACGCACUAAAGACACUUUGUUUUCAAGGUAUUCCUGACGAUCAGAUAAAGCGUCCUUUAUGUUGGAAACUUUUGUUAAACUAUCUACCACCAGAACAAAAUAUUUGGGAAACAUGUCUUCAAGAAAAAAGGAACCUUUACAAACAGUUCAUAAAAGAAAUGAUUGUAAUGCCUGGUGAAAAAGAAUCCAAUGGAGAUGUUACAUUUGGUGAUCAUCCUCUAAAUAUCAACCCUAACAGUGAAUGGCAAACUUUUUUCAAAGACAAUGAGGUUUUACUCCAAAUAGAUAAAGACGUUAGAAGACUGUGUCCAGAUAUUUCAUUUUUCCAACAACCUACAGAAUUCCCCUGUAAAGAAAUAGUUGAUAGUAAUGACGUAAAAAGACUGCACACUAGGGUACAAAGAAGUGUUCUCAAAUGUGCCAAUGUUGAAAGAAAGGGAUUGGGAAUUACUAAGAUUGCUCUCUCAUCAAAAAAAGCUAAUGAGGACUAUGCACCUAUGACGGAAGGAAAGGAAGCUCAUUGGGAAGUUGUUGAAAGGAUAUUAUUUUUAUAUGCCAAACUAAAUCCCGGUCAAGGUUAUGUUCAAGGAAUGAAUGAAAUUGUUGGACCAAUAUAUUUUGCAUUUGCUUCUGAUGUAGAUAUAUCAUUUAGAGAGCAUGCUGAAGCCGAUUGUUUUUUCUGUUUCACAAAUUUAAUGUCUGAAAUAAGAGAUUUUUUUAUAAAAAGCUUAGAUGAAUCUGAUAGAGGAAUUAAUGAGAUGAUGAAUAGGUUAUUAAGUCAAUUAAAAAUUAGUGAUUUAGAUGUGUGGCUGAAAUUUCAACAGUUAGAAUUGAAACCACAAUAUUACAGUUUUAGGUGGAUAACACUUUUAUUAUCUCAAGAAUUUCCUUUACCAGACGUACUUAGGAUAUGGGAUUCGUUAUUAUCGGAUAAAAAAAGAUUUAAUUUUCUUUUAUUUGUGUGCUGCGCUAUGAUAGUAAUAUUGCGAAAUCAACUAUUAGAAGGAGAUUUCCCAUCCAAUCUAAAAUUACUUCAAAAUUUCCCCCCUAUGGAUGUACAAAUUAUUUUGUCAAAGGCUGUAGAAUUAUCUCAAAAGAGAAAUUUUAAACUGAAUACUAUACGUUAGAUAAAAGAAAUAUGACAAUUGAUAUUAAAUAAUAUAUGAUUAUCUAAUUAAGCUUUUUAUAUUGAUAAAUUUGUAUAUAUACAUCACAUAUCAUAA